CGCACACGUGGUUAGAGUGCAGAGAUGGGGAAGCGGAGGAAGCCGCGGAGGGAGGAGGCUGGCAGCGCCCUGAGCAAGAAACAGAAGAAGCACCUGAAGGAAUUUGGGGAGCAGCACCCCUUCUAUGAUGCAGUCUCCAAGAAACAAGAAACAACCCAGGUGGUUCAACUGCCUGAGAGUUCGGAGGAUGAAUCCCGAAGUGAGAGCGAGGCAGAGAGUGAUCCCGAGCCGGUUAACAUGUACCACAAGCUGCUCGCCACCUUGAAUACUGUGUCUGAUGAAGAGGAAGAAGAAAGUGAUGAUGAGGAAGAAGAAGCCCUAGAAGAAGCAGAAGAGGAAGAUGAGGCAGAAGAGGUGGGUGAGGAAUCGGAAGCAGAGGAUGAGGAUAAUGAAGAUGAGAGUGACGGGGAAGGCCACGGGCAAAUGGAUGAGUUACCUGUUGAGGCGGAGAAAGCGGGAGACAAUGAGGAGGAGGAGAGAGCUGGGGAUCCAGCUGCAGAAGAAGCCGGGGAAUUCACUGAUGCCAAACAUGAAUCGAAGUUCAGUUUAGAAACCAAUUUUAUGGAUGAGGACAAUGAGGAUUCCAAGGAUGAGAGUGUCCCCUGUCCCACAGUGGCUACAGAAGACCCAUUUGUACAGCAUGUUGGCAGGGAACUGGAAGAGCAAGACAUCAGUAAGAUAGGAACAAAUCCUAAAAAAGCAUCACUCAAGUGGCCGGCCUUGGGUCAGCUGGGUGUCUCGAGCUCUCUUCCUCAGCUCCAGCCCCUAAAAGUCGAGAAGGAAACUGACCUACAGAAGCUGUAUUUGCACAAGCCGCUCUUCUCCACGUGGCCCAAAGUGAACAGUCCCUUCCUGUCUGUUGAUAAGGAACAGAAUUUCACCCCCCUACAGAGAGAGCUUUUCAGUAUCAUGAACUCCUACAGGGACUUGUUCUUCCCGGCACGGAGCCCUACAGCGCAGGGCGAAGAGAUCAGACAUGUGUACUGUCUCCAUGCGCUGAACCAUGUUCUGAAAGCAAACGCCCAGGUAUUGAAUAACAACUCUCAGAAAAGAGAUCAAAAACCCGGACUGGAUGAAGAAGACCUAAGGGACCAGGGCCUGACCAGACCAAAGGUCCUCAUUGUUGUGCCGUUCCGAGAAUCCGCCUUACGCAUAGUGCAGAUAUUAAUAAGCCUGAUGGAGGUCGGAGGCAGAAAAGUCGACGUGAGCAAUAAGAAGCGGUUCAAGGAAGAAUUUGGAUCGGAACCCGAAGACAGACCCCCAAACUUGAAGAGGCCUGAAGAUUAUGAAGCUGUGUUUGCUGGAAACAUUGACGAUCACUUUAGGAUAGGAGUGGCCAUCUUGCAGAAGAGCAUGAGGCUGUACUCUCCAUUCUACUCCUCGGACAUCAUUAUCGCCUCCCCCGUUGGCUUGCGUACCAUCAUUGGCAGCGAGGGGGAGAAGAAAAGGGAUUUCGAUUUCCUGUCCUCCAUAGAGGUUCUCAUUCUGGAUCAAGCAGAUUUGUACCUGAUGCAGAACUGGGAGCAUGUGUUGCACCUGAUGGCUCACCUUAACCUGCAGCCUACAGACUCUCACGGGGUUGAUUUCUCUCGUGUCCGCAUGUGGAACCUCAGCAACUGGGCCAAGUACUAUCGGCAGACACUGCUGUUCAGCUCCCUGCAGGAGCCCCAAAUAAACUCUAUAUUCAACAAGCAUUGCUUUAAUUACUGCGGGCAGGUGGCAGUUAGGAACAUGCCCGUUACUGGCUCUAUCAGUCAUGUUGUGGUCCAGCUCCCACACGUCUUCCAGAGAUUAGAGGCAGACAGCCUGCUUACUGUUAUAGAUGCAAGGUUUGAGUUCUUUACCAGCAAGAUUCUGCCGCAGUAUCGAGAUGCCAUUAUGUCUCAUACGCUCAUCUAUAUCCCUUCCUACUUCGAUUACGUGCGACUACGGAACUACUUCAAGAAGGAAGAGCUGAACUUCACGCACAUCUGCGAAUACACAAACAGGUCCGGAGUCUCCAGAGCGCGGCAGUUCUUCCUGAAGGGGGAGAGACAGUUUCUGCUUGUCACUGAGAGGUUUCACUUCUACAAGAGAUACACAUUGAAAGGUAUCAGAAACCUUAUCUUCUAUGAGCUCCCAACUUAUCCCCAUUUCUACAGUGAAGUGUGCAAUAUGAUGAAGGCAUGGCACCGCGGGGAGGAAGCCACAUGGACCUGCACGGUGCUGUACUCUAAGUACGAUGCCCAGAGACUGGCUGCUGUGGUGGGGGCAGAGCGGGCCGCACAGAUGCUGCAGUCGAAGAAAAAUGUUCACCUUUUUGUUACCGGAGAAAACGGUUAAUUUGGUGCUGAAACGAGAGAACGUGGAUCCUUAUAAUGCCACAAAGUGGAUUUUGCGCAGAGCUACUUCAGAAUGAACUAAAUGUACAAACAGAAGAACAAUGUUCAUUUUGAUCCGCUGAAAAGGUGUAAUUUACGUUUUUGUUCCUGUUCAGCUGUCAUCUGCGCUUGACGUGAGGUAUUCAGAAACUCCUCUAUUGAUAUGGAAUGUAAAACGCCCCAUAAUAAUGCUGUGUACGCCACUUUCACUGCAAACAAGGUUCCUCUCCCCCCAGCAAUAAAUGGUGCUUAGUAGUAAAGUAGAUUCAGGCCAUCUCAGUGCUGCGGGAACUGUCAUGUUCGACAUUCCCCUCCAGAUGCUUUUGUACUACAACUCCUCACAUCCCACCACUAACUCAUUUCAUUAUCCUGGGGUGUCAUGGCAACAGCCUUACUCAUGCCUUCCAACAUUUGUAUAUUAAAAAGAUGGACAGUA